AAAGUGCAAACAAAUGAUCUGCAGGGUGAAGACCCAAACAUCUGCCUUACAGAGAUUUUUUUCAUUUAGAAUUUAAAACAAUUUAUCUUAAACUCAUCAUGGACAACAACUGAUUCACUCUGUGCUUUUCAUUAGAGAGAAACCCCUAGAGAGUUAGUACUAGCUGUUGUGUUUUGAAUAGGUAAGAAGUUCUUGCACUUUCUGUGUAGCUUCUGAUGUCAUAGCCUUGUUGGCUAAUUGAUUUCUUAUGGUACUAGACGUGCAGCAAAGAAGUCUGUGAUUGCUAUAUAAAGUGGGGGCUGUCACUAGAUGUAUAUAGUGUAUGGAGAAGAACUGCUACCUCACCUUGACGGGUAUACCAGAGCUGCAGCAACAGUUUUUUUUCAGCACCAUGGAGAGCACCCGCUUGUGCCUCCUCUCCUUUCUCAGUGCAGUUCUCAUCCUGAGCAUUUCUUGUCAAGAAGAAGAACUGGAGUCGCGAUCCCUGGACAUUUAUUCCAGUAAAGAUGAAACUUCUCAUGAGAAAGAAUUGAUUGAAGCUUUACAAGAAGUCCUUGAAAAGCUGAAAAGUAAAAGAAUACCUGCCUAUGAGAAGAAGUACAGCAAGGUUCCUAUGUGUGAUGCAGGUGAACAGUGUGCUUUAAGAAAAGGAGCCAGAAUUGGAAAGCUCUGUGACUGUCCCAGAGGAACAUUGUGCAACUCUUUUCUGUUGAAAUGUUUGUAAGGAAUGCCUCAUGGACCAGGAACUCUAAAUUCUCCUGAAGCUGAGGAGUAUAAUGUAAUGCUUGAAAAGAAAAUAAUCUCUUCUAAGCAGAAAGACAUUGCAGAAACAAUGCUUUCUUCAGAAACGUUUACUGACAAAUGACUAUGAGUACUUUGCAGUAUUGAUGAAAAAUAACUGUAGUGUUGUUCUGUGCUUAAGUUUGUCAAGACUCUGUGAAGUGUGUAAUAAUAUCACUACAUACAUUUAUAAAACUGUAUUUUUGUAUUUAGAAUCAAAUAUGUAUUAGUUCCAGUUAGACUUUAGGGACUGUAGUACAUGGCUUAUUGUAGUACAAAUUAACUCAAAUGUACCUCUGUACCAUUAAUCACCUGUAUGGACAGGUAGAAUAAUCACAAUAAAUUUUUGAUUCUGCUUUGUUAC